AUGAUGAAGCUUGCGACGUAUUAUUGUUACGCUUUUGUUGUGUGCAAUCUGUAUGGCGUGACCAGAUCACAGGAUGCCUCUUCCUUGUGUGUAGUGAAGGACGCUCCCAAACAGUGUGGCGCAUUCUGCCUUGCAUCACUGCAUCCGCUGUUUGAUCACAAUAUCAAGCACAGGCAAACAUUAACUGAAAACAAUGCUAAAUUGGAUAAAAUCGAAGGACGGCAGGCCGCGAUUGAAAGUCAACUGCAGGAGCUACAAGUCAGAGUGCUAGGCCAACUACAAGUGCUCCAGAAUGCGAUGGAAAGUCAAAAGAUCCAGCAGGGCUGCGGUGCGAGCUUAGAAGGCCUGACAGAAACAGCCGAUGGAGAAACAGUUCAUAAUGAUAAAGUGAUCCUGCCGGGCUUCGAGCAAAUCGGUUCCAGAUUUUUCUACAUUGAGAAGAACAAUCUGCAAGAUUGGCAAACGGCUGAAAAGUCCUGUCGUCGAAAGGGCGGCUACCUGGCAUCCAUCAAAAACGAAGAAGAACUGGCCGCAAUCGAGGCGACAAUAAAGACAAACACUUGGUACUGGCUUGGCAUCAACGAUCGAGAAAAGGAAGAUACGUUUCUAUCUGUGGCCUCCGGCAAACCAGCACCGAUUUUAAAGUGGUUUAUGUUUAUUCCCAAAGUAAAAGAAAUACACUGCGUUGUUCUGUCCAAAUACGGAAUGCUUAAAUCUGAUUGUGCCGGAAAGUAUUAUUUCAUUUGCCAGGGAGACAAUGAUAUAUAG